AUGCCGGCCCGCUGCCCCCAGGACGUUUUCCUUAUGAUCCGGCGCCACAAGACCACCAUCUUCACGGACGCCAAGGAGUCGAGCACCGUGUUCGAGCUGAAGCGCAUCGUCGAGGGUAUUCUCAAGCGGCCGACCGACGAGCAGCGGCUGUACAAGGAUGACCAGCUUCUGGAUGACAGCAAGACCCUGGGCGAGUGUGGCUUCACCAGUCAAACAGCGAGGCCACAGGCUCCAGCCACUGUGGGGCUGGCCUUCCGGGCAGAUGAUGCAUUUGAAGCUCUGCGCAUUGAGCCCUUCUCCAGCCCUCCAGAGCUGCCUGACGUGAUGAAGCCACAGGACUCAGGAAGCAGUGCCAACGAACAAGCUGUGCAGUGA